GCUCGCCUCACCAGUUCAGCUGUGGACUCGUCUGAGGCUCAGUCCCUCCAUCGCCGGGGAUCAUGUGUGUACUCUCACAAACACUGGACAUUACCCAGAGAGGAGAUCAGUUUAUUGUUUGUUAAACCGUCUCAGAGUGAACAGCGAUCAGUGAACAGAGUCAGCAAACACAGUCUAUCACUAUGUCGAGUGGAGUUUUAGGUCGUCUGAGCACCUUGACGCUGAACAUUAAGCAGCUAGUCUGUCUGCCUCGGCUUUCCCCGUGUCUGCAUUCCUUGCCGUCUCCUCAGGCCACCGUGGGAGCCUCAGACGUGCCCGGCCUGUUCCACGAGCCCUACAUUCGUUCAGGCUACCGUCCUAUAGGCCAGCCAUGGCACUGUUACGCUCUCAGCCUCUUUCAAAGCCACAACGAGUUGCUGAACGUCUGGUCACACCUUCUAGCAGUUCCUGUGGUGCUGCUGCGCUUCUGGUUCUUUGCUGCCACAGGAAGCCUGACUCUAGACGCCUCAUCGUUGCCCCUCUGCCUCUACACCCUUUCGGCUCUGACCUACCUCACCUGUAGCACCCUAGCCCACUUGCUUCAGUCUCACUCAGAGCUCUCGCACUACUCCCUCUUCUUCCUGGAUUAUGUCGGCGUGGCUGUGUAUCAGUACGGAUCGGCGCUGGCUCAUUAUUUCUACUGCGCUGAGGAGGAGUGGAGGCAGAGCCUGGUGGGGGCGCUGUUCCUGCCUGGAGCUGCUCUACUGGGAUGGUUGUCUUGUGCCAGCUGCUGUUUCGCCAAAUUGCGCUAUCGUCGUCCGUACCCUCUGCGCAGGAAGAUCUUCCAGAUCGUUCCCACUAGCUUGGCGUACAUGCUAGACAUCAGCCCUGUGGCACUCCGGCUAGCCACGAGACCCUGCCGUGAGCCUGUGCUGGUGCUGCACACCCUGCAAGUGGCCUUCUUCCUGAUGGCUGCCUUCUUCUUCUCGUGCCCAGUGCCUGAGCGCUUUUUUCCAGGGAAGUGUGAUAUUGUAGGUCAUGGGCACCAGAUCUUUCAUAUCUUCCUAGUCAUGUGCACCAUGUGCCAGAUGGAGGCAGUUUUUAUGGACUUCUUGGUGCAGAGGAGCUCGGUAGUGGAGGUGCAUGGAGAGAUCGGCGUCUGGCUGGCCGCGGGCUCUUUCUUUGUCCUGGUGCUGUGCAGUAUGCUGACGGCAGCUCGAAUGAGGCAGAGCGUCCAAAGGCAGCUGCAGAAAGAACGAAUGAAGAGCGAAUGAAAGUAAAUUUUGGAGAUCUGGAAGGCCACCAAACUGUGCUGUUCUCUAACACACACCAGAUUCAGUGAACAAAUCUGAGAAAAGAGAACAUUUGUAAUGUGACACUUUUAUUAUAGGUAAAAAAAAUCAUUCUUAGAACAUAACAAAGUCCAUUUUUGAGUGUUUUAUUGUAUUGGGAAAAUGUGAAAGCUAUGCAAGGCAUGAGUAAGAAUAUGCCUCGUGAUAAUGUGUCAUAGGGAACAGAUCUGUAUCAGGCCAUGCAUGGCUCUGUGUUGUGUAUUAGAGGGUCCUAUCUGGGUUGAGAAUGAAUGGGAACCACUACAUUUUGUAAUUCCAAAGCUCAGAGCUGUGACUGAAUAAGUUAUACAUUAUAUGGCCACAAGUAUGUGAACACCUGACCAUCACACCCAUUUCUGGUUCUUCCAAAAACUGAUGCCACAAAGCUGGAAGCAAACAAUUGUAUAAAAUGUCUUUGUAUGCUGUAGGAACAAAACCUGUUCCAGCAUGACAGUGUCCUCUUAUAAGCAAGCUCCACAAAGACAUAGUGUGUUAUGAGUGUCCUGCACUGAGCCCUGACUCUGAUUCAAACCCACUGAACACCUUUGGGAUGAACUGGAAUACUGACUGAACCCCAGACCUCCUCACUUUCACAACAUCAGUGUCUGAUCUCACUAAUGCUCUUGCAGCUGAAUGACCACUAAUCCCACAGACACACUCCAACAUCUAGUGGAAAACCUUCACAGAAGAGCAAAGAGAAGUGUGAGUGUGAGUAUGAUGGUCAGGGGUGCACUUACGUUUGACUGUAUAGUGUAUGUAGCUUGUCAUUAUUCAAUAACAUUUAUUCAUGACAAUUAUUUUAUGUAGGCUCACCUAGAGCCUCAUGUAUUAAAAGGUAUUUUAAAGCGAAUGUACCUAGCACUGAAUGCAGAAGAGACCAGUUUCCGUUACUGUCGGUCAGUUUACAUAAUUUAAUGCCAUCGUCUCACAUAUACACCGGUCAGUGUAUAAUCUGUUGCUUAGCCACUGUUCCACGUAUUAUGCACUUAUGGGUCUGUGUGGCCUAUUUUCUAAUAAUCCUUUUCAGCCCAGACCCAAUUACUCACUUAAAAGGAACAAAGAAAUAAAGCUUGACUUGGCUUUAGUGCUAUCAGGAGGAGGAAUGUGUGAACAAAGGAGUCAGUUUUACUUUGUGAGACUGUGUGAGGGUUUUUUUCUACCAAAAAGCUGGUCAGAUGCUGGCUCGAGAAAUGACCAGAUCAGAUUAGUUAAUCAGAUUUGCCACAAGAAUGUUCCCCUGCUCUCAGUACCAGUUGUUCACAGAUGCAGGAAACAUAUCCAUCAAAAAAUGUCUAAAUAUGUUCUUUAUUUCUAGUUAUAAUGUACUGUAUUGAAUGAAAAGGACUGUUAUUUACCUCAGCUACAUUAAGUUUUUAGGUAUAGUGUACUGUAUUCAUUUUAAAGGUUUGUUAUUACCUCAGCCGAGUGGUAGAGAGAGACAGAAAGCUAUAUUCACAAUCGUGUGGACAUUCGGAUUUGUACUGACCGUCAGACUGACAGUGUGUUUUGCAUGUGAUGAAGAGUAUUGAGUUUAAAGUAGGUUUUUCAGUUGUGUUAAAUGAAGUGCUAAUGACGUUCAAAACCGUCUCCACUGUGAAGCCGAGAUGAAACUGUAAACUGACAGCAAUGAUUAAAUGAAAUAAAGUUGAUCAUUUCAUGA